GUGUAAAUGCACCUUAAUCUAGAGACGCCAUGUUUGUCACGUUUUUGCUGGUGAAGUGUAUAUGCUUGAGUUUAAAUUUGUGAUGUGAUUAUUAGCCUAAAAUCAGUAUAACCCUAAGAUCACGUUUUAAAGAUACUUUAAAAUUAUCAUCAGGAUGAGUAGAACUUCCAGAAAAAGAUCACGGCCUUCGUCCGAAGAUGCUAGCAAUUCAUUUGUCAUGUCAAUGACAUCCAAAGUGACUGGAUUGUUGCCCGAGAAGAUCACCAAAUGGUUCAGCAGAUCGGGAUCCAGCCAAACCAACAGCAAUGGCUCUGCACCAACGGCCGAAGUCACAGACUCCUCAUCUGAAGAAGAACCAGAGUUGCCGAGCCCAGUACCCCAGCCUCCACAGAAGCGGAUAAGAUAUAAUCAUUAUAACACCAGUGAGACAAACUGUGGGAGUUACAAUAUUGAGCAUGCAGUGGAAUCGUCAUUCGAUAUGGGACUCAGGGCUUCUCUUCAUAAAUUUGCUAGGGAUCCCAACAUUAUUUCAACUCCUAUUCGAAUAUGCCAUGAACUACCCUCUCCUGAUAGAAAUGAUCAGGACAGCUAUUGUAACAAUGCUUCGUACUCAUAUUUAACAUAUGGCCGUACUACUAUUAAUAAUCGGAAGUCACUAUUUAAAACAUCCCCAAAAAUUAAUGAAUCCUUGUGUGAGAAGCCAAUCAACAACACUAUGGUAAAUUCCAAGCAGCCUAGCUUCAAACCAAGUCUGUUGUCGCCUUUCUAUCCGAGCAGAACAUCAUAUGGAGGAGCUUCGAAUCAGUACUUUAACCAACCAAAUAUCUUGCAAAGGAAGACAACCAAAGUCAGAGAGGUGAUAAAUAAUACGGUCACAACUAUGAGUCAAUCAGCCAGACGUGUUAUGGAUCUUCUAGAGGAUUUCUCGUCACCUAUAAACGAAGCUAAGAGAAUACCACAUACCCCUAGGGCGAGUAGUUCGCCUCGAUCGCCAUGCUCACCUUGUUCGCCAUAUUCGAACGACUACAAUAAAUCACUGUCUCUUAGAAACAAUGAGUUCUAUGCACCAAACGUCGCGUCUAUCUUGCGCCUGAAGCAGAAGUCACGGUUGAUGAACACGACCAAUGCAGCACGGCAAAUAAUUGCCUCGCAUAGCAGCGCAUGCCAUUACUCCCCAUACGCAAGUCCAAGCAAAAGAUCACAAAGUGAUGUCGAGUCACGGUCCAAGUGUGUGGGCACCACAACUGACUCCUCGCCUGAAUCCUAUUGGGUUGGAAACAGAGACGGGCCUAUUUUGCAACCGACCAGCCUACCUACCGCCGUUCUGCAGAUAAGCAAAGACAACAUGCCCAAAUUCACGUUUGGAAAUAACUUGCCCAUUCCAAAAGGGUCAUCCACUCCUGUUGCAUUAAAGACGAACAAGCCCUUUGCGACACUUCCAGAACCUGUUUCUGUUACACCUAAAACUACAAUUAGUAAACCAGAAACACCAAUAAGUAAGAAUUCAGACAACAGUAAAACGUUUACAUUCUCAUGUCCCGUAAAGGUCUCUUUCACAGUGGGAUCUCCUCAAGAAGCCACCACACCACCCAAGUUCACGUUCGGUAGUCCCGAGCGUAGUAUAGACAAAGUAAACGAGAAAACUGAUACAUCUGUUUGUGUUGUAGGUGAGAAAGAUGUCGUUGAAACUGAUACUCGGAAGCCGAAAGAUUGGAAAUGUUCCGAUUGCUGGGUUAUGAACAAACAAGAUGACGAUAAAUGUGUAUGCUGCGGGAGUAAGAAACCUUCGGGUGCUGACGACAAGAAUGUCAAAUGCUCUGUCUGCAAGUUAGCAAAUAGCCUACCAGACAAAGAUAAAUGCAUUAAUUGCGAUAAGGUACCAACCAGCAAUAAUUUCAAUAGCACGCCUCAUAUGAACUCAGUGAAAUCAACAAAAUGGAAAUGCAAUGAUUGUUGGGUCGAAAAUGAUGACAGCAAAGAAACAUGUCUUUGCUGUGGUAGCAAAAAUCCUAAAAAGACUACGUCAAGUACCGUAGCAGCUCCUGCAAAGGCAGUUUCAGAUAACGAUUGGACCUGCGAUGACUGUUGGAUCAAAAACAAAAGCAGUGUAGAGAAAUGUGCAGCUUGUGGUGGUGCCAAGCCAGGUUCCAAGCAGAAUAAACCCGUGUUGCCAAUGAGCCUGGCACCUUCAGCUGUAUUUAAACCUGUUGAUAAUAAUUCUAUAAAACCUCUUUUAAACACACAAAGUAAGAAAUGGGAGUGCGAUAGCUGCCUGGUCAGAAACGAUGAUGACAAAAUGAAAUGUGUCUGUUGUGAAGCUGAAAGGCCUGGAACUGAAAAGAAAAUUGCCAAAACAACUUUCAAUUUUGGUACAACUACAGCUAAUACUUUUAAAUUCGGUAUCGAUCCUAAAGUUCAAAAGUCUAAUUUGUCCAAACCACCAGAGAUCAAACCUUUAGAAACUAAAGUCGAAGAAUCUGAGACCAAUAACAAUGUUUUGCCGAAGGCGCCUCCAACAUUUUCAUUUGGCAUUCCCGCUAAGAAGGCUGAAGAUCAAGCAGACGGUAUUGUUGACAAAGUUCCAGCGCCGAUUACUGAAACUCCUCUUGUUGAACAAAAGUCUUCGUUGUUUAAAGUUCCAGAUUUCACAGUACAGGAACCUGAAUCGAAAGAAGAUAAUGAGAAACCUCAGGAGGUACCAAAGGUGGACUUUUCACUUCCUGUAACUACUUCAAAACCAGAGUCGAAGUCCUUUGGCUUAUUGAGUGCUUCUUCUUUGACUUCAACACCUAAUGCCACGUUAUUUAAGUUGCCAGUCUCGGUGCCGUCUUCCACGCCAUCUUUGUCGAACCCAACUACAAAUCUCGAAAAGAAAGACACUUCAACCCCUCAACUGCCAUUCCAGUUAGGUCAAAAUACCGCUGCGGCAACACCAGCACAAAACAAGUUUGUAUUCUCAGGAACAGGGCUGAAGAUUGCAACGAAUUUAUUUGCGAAACCGGCCUCUUCACCUCCGACAACCAGCCUAUCAUUCGGAUCUCCCACUCAGAGCACUGCGACGACCGCCUCGUCUUUAUUCCAGAAACCUCCAGAGCAAACUGCGACUCCGACUAUGUCGUUCCAAAAUAGUGAACCCCCUACCAACUCCCCGUUAUCAUUAUUUCAAAAGCCUACUGCAACAGCCACGACUACUGCGCCAUCUCUCGCUAGUACGGCUCCAGUUUUCAGCUUCGGAACCGCUGCCAAACCAGCCUCUACUUUUAGCUUUGGAGCUACCCAAUCGUCGAAUAUGAAUGAGUCGACAACAAAUAGUUCCUUCAAAUUCUUUGGAUCAACAGCGGAUAAAAAUUCAAGCACCAAUAAAUUCAACUUGAGUGGAGUAACAAAUCUCAGUGGCAGUAACCCUAUGGGAUCUGGGAAUAUAUUGGGUAGUGGCGGACUUUCAACAGGAAACGCUUUGGGCAGUAACAGUUUAUCAGGUGCGAACAAUCAGAAUGAGCAAGUCAGUAGUAUACAAUCGCCACCGCCCAAUAUCUUUGGGUCGCCCGCCCAGAAGGAGAAUAUAUGGUCACAGUCUAACAACACUUCUAAUAAUCUGUUUGGGGCGAACGCAUCGAAUAGUUUGCAGAAGCCUGCGUUUACAUUCGGUUCGUCGAACACACCAUUUGGUGCGCAACCGAGCAACCCGGCGCCUUCCAGUACGCCUUUUGGUGCGCAGCAGAGUACUGCGCCGGCGCCCGUGUUCGGAAGUAACACGCAACCUUCUCAGAAUUUAUUCGGCAUGGGAAACCAGAGUUCCACUUCGCGAUCGUAUUUCUCAAGCCCAGUUCAGAGUCAGCCAGCGCCGACUCUGUUUGGCGCGUCUCAGCCGACAAGCACGCCGAAUGCGAUGGGAAUGUUCGGUUCUCCAGCGUCGGGGGCGACAACGUUUGGUGCGCCUGCGCAGUCGAUGCCGUCGUUCGACACACCAGCUCCCGCACCUGCGCCGGCGUUUAACUUCGGAGCGACGCCGUCGCAGUCGCCUGUUGUCUUCGGGUUUGGCCAGCAGCAACAAGGACAACAACAGACACCGCAACAGCCUAUCUACAACUUCGGUGCGUCAACAAACAGUCCACAAAUGGGCAUGAAUGCCGCUCCACAGGUCCAGUUCAGUAUGGGCAGCGCGCCCACAAUGCGGCGCAUGCGCAAAGCAGUCCGAAGGAACACCCCGCGAUGAAUACAACAUAACCUACCUUCUGUAAGUCCUAGUUAAAUAAAUUCAAACUCAAGAAGACGCGCAUGACAGCACGAGAUUAGUAAACAAAUUUUCAGUUUCACUGUUAGCAUGUUAUUAAACAAUAUUGAUGAAUAGUUUUUUUUUUUUACUUGUGUAAAUAGAAAAUUUGGCUCGUGUCAUUCGUGUCUUCGUCCGACGCAAAACGUAUGUAAACCGUAAAGGACGCACGUGUAUCUGCCUCCUUCAUGGUGGGAAUAUGUUAAGUUUAGAAUAAAUUGUUAGAUGUAUAAAGUCAUACAAUGAUAGACUUGUUCCAUUGUCUGCGGGUAAGGCGGGACAGCGAAUUGGAUAAUAAAUCCGCAAAGUGGAAUUUUUAUGAAUCAGUGCAAAGAAAUUAUGUUACAAAUUAAGAAUAAUAAAAUCCGAGAAUUUUAAUCAAAUCCGAGAAUUCGCACUGUGAUUUACUUCACAUCUUCAAUUAGUUGUGCUAACUUUAUAAAAUUUCUACUAUGUGAUUUUUAGCAUAAACUCUUUUUUUAAUCUGUUAUUUAAUUUUGUUUAGUUACAAGAGUGAGCAUGCAAGAUGAUUUUAUGCAAGAAGGUUGAUGCGAACUGAGUGCAAGUGACUACAGUACCAAUGUUAGCGUCUAUUUCUACUUGUUUUGAUAGCUUUUUAUUUGGUAUUUAGCACUUCACAUGGAUGGCCACCACCACCACCCAGCUGAGCAAAACAAAAUAAUUGGAAUGGAAGUGAAACUCAUAAAACAUAUUGGAGCAUUAGCUAUGUGCUAUGCUCAGUAUUAGCUUGGAAAGUUUUACCUGGGUAUAUUAUUUAUUUUGAUAAUGUUUGCAGAAGUAACUAUAUUUUAGCAUGGGUAAUUUUUUACAAAAGUUUCAUAAAUUUAUGAAUGACACUUUGCUUCCCCCUAUUCAUCUUAUAUACUUGUCAAGUACAUUAAAAUAAUAUGAUAAAAAAUGUAUAAUAUAAUUUCAGUAGAGCAGAGCUUAUUGAUUUAUUAAUUUUAUAAUUAGCAUUGUUUUUUAUAUUACUUUACUUGUGUGAACUAUAAACAUGAUACAUAAGCAAUAAAAUCGUCAUUCCUAUUAGUUUUUGUAUAUCUGUGUUGGAAGCUGGUCUUUCACGUGAAGCAUGGGUCUAUUACAUAACGAAAUAAAUAAUGGGACGUAUUUGUAUUAACUCAAAUUUAGUAUGACAUAUGACAGAUACCGGUGAUCACCUAGCUGUGGUGAUGCUACGAAACAUUUUUUUAACAAUUAACAGGUAUUUGUUAUAGAAACAGUAUUGUUGAGUUACUAUCUCGACUAUAUUUUCAUAAUGACCAUAUAUUUACGUUGCAAUAGUAUUGGACGGAAUAUGAAACUGACGCAGAAUUUGACCUAUGUUCUGAAAAGUAGGCCAGUAACGAAUGGUGGGAUUUUUGUAUUACUUAAAUUCACGUAUUUAUACAAAUACGUUCUAAUCCCUGAUUUUUUACUUAUAUUAAUAUAUUUUAAAAUGAAAGGUACCGAAUACCGAUAUCAUUAUAUGAUUUUAUAUAAAAAUACCGCGUAACGCUACGGACAUUUUGUGUUUCUAACUUCGGUAUAAAAAAAAACAAUUAACCAAAAUCAAUGUUUCGACUUUGUGUGUUAGUUUGUUAAUAGUCCUGUACGAUUGAGUCUAAAGAUGUGAUAUAAAAAAAAAUUAAAGGCCAAGAAGAUUAAUUACCGCUGUUGUGAAUUGGCGACUGAAAUAGGUCGCAAAUAACCUUGUAUAAAGCGUCAGACUUAUGGCGCUAGGGUAAAGUACAUAUGCAAGUAACGGGUAAGUAGCUGGCUUGCCGGUUUCGGGCAUAUUGUGCAAUUUGCUAUGAUUUUGACAUUGACAUAUUAGCUUACAUGUGUAAACAGUGACUCGUGCCGGCAGCUGGCAUGCAAAAUUGUAAGGUACUCUCAUAUGUACUUCCGCUAUGAUCCACGAUGAUAUAGUGAGUUUAGUAA